UUUUAAUUUUAUUGAUUUUUCGAAUAUAUUUAAUAAUUUAAACAUAAUGGCUUGUUAUGGUCAUAAUCACAUGUGUGAAUUUUAAAUACUCAAAUUUUAUUUUCCAUUUGACAGCACACACAGAAAAAAAUAUUACCAUUUGGUACAGUUUUUAUAGCCGAUUUUAGCACUGUUAAUCUGGCAACACUGUCAUUGUAUUUAUGUUUAGUGUUUUUUGAGUUCUAAUUGGCUUUUAUUUUUUGAAACUAUGUCGAUUUAUAUACUUUGUUUAACAACAAAUGGAGGUCUACCGGUCUUUACCCGCAAAAAAGGAGAUUGUGACAACCUACCUUUUUCUACUGUGGCUUCGUUAAAUGGUUUUCAUAUGUUUUUUAAAUCGUUGGGCAUAACGUUACAGGUAACACAUUCCGAAGAUUGGACAUACGUUUGGAGAGAUUUUCACAAUGCCGUAACUUUAAUUGUUUGUGCACGGUCUAUGACUGAAGGAGUAUUGCAGACAUUAGCCGAAAUAGUUUUUGGGUCAAUAUCACUUUUUGUUAAUAUUGAUGAGCUUGUGGAUCUAACUUUGCUAGAGAGAAUGAAGAAAGAAGCAAGAAAUUAUAUGCCUGUUGUAGAUGCUGCGCUUGAAGCUUGCACAACACGCGUAUUGGGAUUUACGAAUUGUAUACUAUCAACUGAAAACCAACAAUUGGGUCAGCGAUUAAACGAUUUUAGUGGUCUUUGCGGUUCACUCUUUUGUUGCCUUGUAGUUGGUAAUAAUGUUACGGUCGGUACAGAAGGCUGGUGGGAUUUGGAUGUUAUUGAUCGUGAAUUACUUCUGCUUUUAUUGAAUUCUUCAAGUUCUUUACAAAAUGACAUUCCUGUUUAUUUGCCGAAAAAAGACRCAACGUUAGCAUAUAGAUUCGUAACAAUUCCAUUGGCUCCAAGUAGUGUUAUUUGUGUUAUAUGCGGCGCUGCCCCUAGUUUUCGUGAAUUGCGGUCUAUGGCCCAAGGCGCAUUUUGCUCAGAAAGUUUAUUGCAGAACAUGGAACGAAGCAUAAAGCGGAGUUUACCCGAACAGUUGGAGAUCGAUCAGUGUGUUCUGGCAAUAAUUGUAGCUAAUUUGAACAUUAAAAAAUGUAUACUUGCACCUAAUUCCAUCCAAGCUACAGGUGGAAAAAGGACAGUAGGAGGAGGCAUUCUACGUCUAGAUUUAUUAAAAAAAAUUUUCGAUCAAACCGUUCAAUACAAUAAAAAUAUUAGUUUUGUGCAUACAGAUUCGCGUUGUAUUGAACCAGUGGACCAAUAUUGGUGCUUGGAUUACCAUAAGUGCUAUGCUCAUUAUGAUACCAUUGGAAACACUAUUUUUGUCUUAUUUAUGUCAUCAGUUCCAACACAUGCAAUGAGAUUCAUGGCCCAAAAACUUCUGUACUCAAUUCUACAAGAUAAGACAAUUAGCUGGUAAAUUAUAAUUUUAUAUA